ACAAGAAGAAGAAGAAGAAACGCUCUUCCUCCUCUGCCUCUGAGGGAGAGUGAGAAAGAUGUUUGAUGUUUUGACAGGAAGGUCCUAUGUUUUGACUGCAUAACAGCACUAGGUAGUGUAUUUUAAUAUCAGACAUGUUGUCAUUGAACUCUUUACGGACUGUGUGCUUAUCCCGGGCUGCACUGCACCCGAACCGACUAAUGACGAACCAAAUGCCUCUUUCUAGAGCUGUUACAUGUUCAGCACACUGCAUGUCCACAAGCUUACUCAACAAGGACGCAUGGCACAGCAACAUGAACAUCAGAGCACUGGAGAAGGAAAGAUGGCUAACCUACUACACAAAUCAAGCCAAUUUACCACGGAAUUACUGUACAGGUCAAGUCAAACUGAACUGCUGGAACUGUAAACAGCCUCUUGACAAAAUGCCUGCAUUCUUCUGCAUGUCAUGCAAAGUAAUCCAGCCCCCUGAAGAAGGGAUAACUUACUUCAAGAUCAUGGACUGUGAUUGCACAUUCACACUGGACACACAGAAGCUGCAGAAAAGAUACUUGGAGCUCCAGAGGUCUCUACAUCCAGACAACUUCAGCCAGAAAUCUGUGAAAGAACAGGAGUAUUCAGAAAGCCAGUCGGCUCUGGUGAACAAAGCAUACAAGACUCUGCUUAAGCCUUUGAGUCGCGGUCUUUAUAUGCUGGAGCUGCAGGGGAUGCAUAUAGAAGAGGGCACAGACUCCGGGGCCGAUUCUGCAUUUCUGAUGGAGCUGAUGGAGAUCAAUGAAGCUCUUGAUGAAGCACAGACUCCAGAGAAAGCCAAUGAGAUUGGCCAAGACACUAAAGGGAAACUGGCAGACUUGACAGUACAGAUAGAUGCUGCACUUCGUAAAGGGGAGCUCCAGACUGCCAAAGCACUGCUUGCCCAGAUGAAAUACUAUGCAAACAUUGAAGAGAAAGUGAAGGAGAAACUUUCUGGAUUCAUGUAAUUUCUUCCCCUCUUUUGUCUCUUAUUUUAUAUUUUUAGACACUUUUGCACAGAAGCGCACAAAUUAUUGUACAUUUGUUGUAUUAUUAUUAUUAUGUGAGAUUAUUAUUCUAGUUGAAUAAUAAAACUUGUAAUGCAUAAUACACCACUGAAUUAAUCAUGAUUUGUACUUUAUCUGCUAUUUUUGAUUAAAAACUGUAUAGAUAUGAGGGUGUAAUUGGAUGCAUACAGUAUCUCCCCUGAAUUCCACUGAUUUCACAAGUCUAAUCAUAUCCACUUGUAACUAAUGUAUCAUUAAAGACGACAGAGGUCUAUAAUUGGCUGUGAUUAAAA